GAUGGAGUGUGCUGCACCAGGACUCAACACACUGGAGCCAGAGUGUGUUACAGCACACAGUGGGGUCAGUGAUGUACAUCACACACACUCAUCACUUAUUAAAACACAAACUCAUUUGGGCUCAUCCCAAACUGGGGAUUUUAUUAAGACAGAGAGCCUAGACAGUGCAGAGCUGCGAUGUAUAAGCCAUCUGCUUUCUGACCAGAUUAAAACAGAGUCUGUUGAUGGUGGAUAUGUUAAGGUAGAACACAUUAGUGAAUUACAGGAUAUUAAAUAUGUUAAUAUUAAAUCAGAUCCAAUCAAGUAUGAAUCCAGUGAAUGUUUGGUGAGUGAUGCCAUGAAUACUGUGAUGAAUGGAGCUGCUGUUGGUCACAAAGACCAGACUGAAUCAGGGCAAUGUGCAGGAGAGCCAAACCAAAACUGUAGAAAUGAAUAUAACUGUGACAUAACCAAUGAGAAUACUCAGCACAGAAUUGUCCUGCAGAACAGUAUAAACAGUAGGAAAAAACGUAUUGAUCGUAAGAAGACAAGCCACAGAAAUCAAAGAAAAAUUAAUAUAAUUGAAAAGCGGUACAUGUGUACACAAUGUGAGAAGUGUUUUUCACAGAAAAGUGCUUUAAGUCGCCACAAGGGGGUUCAUUCAGGUGAAAAGCCAUACAGGUGUACACAAUGUGAGAAGUGUUUUUCACAGAAAAGUGGUUUAAGUCGCCACAAGGGGGUUCAUUCAGGUGAAAAGCCAUACAGGUGUACACAAUGUGAGAAGUGUUUUUCACUGAAAAGUACUUUAAAUUCCCACAAGAGGAUUCAUACAGGUGAAAAGCCUUACAAAUGUACCGAGUGUGAAAAGUGUUUUUCACGAACAAGUACUUUAAAUACCCACAAGAGGACUCAUACAGGUGAAAAACCCUACAAAUGUACUGAGUGUGGGAAGAGUUUUUCCAGAAUAUUUAAUUUAAAUUGCCACCAGAGUAUUCAUACAGCACCCAUGAUAAUUAACUCAAGCAAUAACCCAAACCUAUUCAAUAUAUUUAGAAAAAAGACAAUUUGCAGAAGUAAAAGUGAAAUUAAUACAGAUGAAAAGCCACAUAGGUGUACACAGUGUGAGAUGUGUUUUUCAUGGAAAGGUUUAUUAACUAAGCACAUGAGGAUUCAUCCAGGUGAAAAACCCUACAAAUGUACUGAGUGUGGGAAGUGUUUUUCCCAAAUUUCUGUUUUGAAUGACCACAAGAUGAUUCAUUCAGGUGAAAGGCCACACAGGUGUACACAGUGUGAGAAGUGUUUUUCAUGGAAAAGUUCAUUAGCUAAGCACAUGAGGGUUCAUACAGGUGAAAAACCCUACAAAUGUACCGAGUGUGGGAAGUGUUUUUCACAGAAGGGUGCUCUAAAUUUCCACACGAGGAUUCAUUCCGGUGAAAAACCUUACAAAUGUACUGAAUGUGGGAAGUGUUUUUCCAAAAUUCCUGUUUUAAAUAACCACAUGAUGAUUCAUUCAGGCGAAAAGCCAUACAAAUGUACCCAGUGUGGGAUGUGUUUUUCCAAAAUUUCUGUUUUAAAUAACCACAUGAUGAUUCAUUCAAGUGACAAGCCAUACAAAUGUACUCAGUGUGGCAUGUAUUUUUGCAGAGUAAGUCUUUUUAAUGACCACAAGAAUAUUCAUACAGGUGAAAAGCCCUACAGAUGUACGCAGUGUGAUGAGUGUUUUCAUUCCAGACGUGCUUUAAAUAUACACAUGAAAAUUCAUAUAGGUGAAAAGCCCUACACAUGUACUCAGUGUGGGAAGUGUUUUUCAAAGAGAAGUGCUUUAAGUUACCACUUAAGGAUUCAUACAGAUGUAAAACCCUACAAUUGUCCUCAGUGUGGGAGGUGUUUUUCCCAAAUUUCUGGUUUGAAUAACCACAUGAUGAUUCAUUCAGGUGAAAAGCCAUACAAAUGUGCUCAGUGUGGGAGGUGUUUUUCCCGAAUUGCUGCUUUAAAUGACCACAUGAUGUUUCAUUCAGGUGAAAAGCCAUACAAUUGUCCUCAGUGUGGGAAGUGUUUUUCGCACAGAACUUCUUUAAAUAGCCACAAGAUUAUUCAUUCACGUGAGAACCUGUAAUUAGUGUACUCUGUAUUGGAGAUGUUUUAAUACAAAAUUCAAGUUUAAUAUUAAUGACCGUACAGAUUAAAAGCCCUAAUUUGUAUGCUGUUCAGUGUGAGAACCUGUGUUUAGACUAGUGGAAUUUUCCAAUGUUGAACUAAACAUAAUGAAAUUAACUAUUUGGGCUCACAUAUACGAUUUUUUGGCAUCACUUUAUAUAUAUAUAUAAACGCACACACACACAUUCACUUGGGUUUUAUUUCUGUUAAUAUUAUGAACCAUUAUAAUUUGAUAUCAUGCAGUUUAAAUCUAGCAUAUGAUAAAAUUGCCAGCAUUUUCCAAUAUGAGGUUGUGGAAAUUUGCACUUGUAAUUAAUUCAUUUUUUAAUCUUACAACUGCAAUUUUUGAGUACCUUUCCUGUUAUAUAGUAGCGCAGUGUAUACUUUUCCUUGUUGAUCAUAUUCUAGAUAGGCAGUUGAAAACUGGGGCAAGCUGUGUAUCCCAUUUUUCUUUAAUUACACAUGUUCUACAAUUUUUGUUCUACACUUCUGUUCUUUAGAAAAAGUAAUUCCCUUGUAGUUGGAAGGCUGAUAUUUUUCGAUGUUAAAAUUGACUCUAGGGUUAGUUUUUUGAAAAAUACAAUUUGAAAACUGUUUGGAUGCACUGUUGUAAGAAAUUUUUUUGUCUAUUGCAAACUUUUAUUCUGAAAAUGAACUUACAGUACUGGCCUUUUCGGUUCUGCUACUACCAAUGUAGAGGUUGUAAUGUGUAUGUGUGCUGAAGCCACUGUGUAAUUUUUCAACUUCUGACAGUAAGUUUUAUUAUUCAUUAGUUGAGGAUCUUUGUUUUACUCUUUUUUUUGUUGUUUAUCAAUUCUGCAUGAAAUAUCUGUGAAUGUGCACAUUCCAAGGCCUCUGCCAUAUACAUAUUUGCAUUAAACUCUCAAUCUUCAAUGUGU